AUGGUGGCCAAAGAAUCCUGUCCACCACAUCUGCCUUGGAGUUUAGUCGUUGAUGGGAUUACAGUCCAGCAUGCUCAGGAGCUGCUUGAAGAACACAACAGUCAAUCUCCUGCUUCCUACGUUUACUUGAGUGCCAUCAACUCCGAUACUUGCAUCACUCUGAGCGGUAGAGGUGAUCAUCUUUGGCAAUUCAGCCAAAGCAAUGUCCUCUCUCAAUGCAAGAUACGGCCAACUAAUAUUUUCUCCAUGUAUCAUAACCGUCAUCAGCUCGAGGAAGUCCGAAGGGACGUACUUAAAGACCUUCGGAAUAACAUGCUCUCAUUUUCGACACCCUUACAUCUUAUUUGCCCACUGUUUUCCAAUAUCGAUGGGAAGCCGAUUGAUUCGGGCCAGCUGGCAACGUUCGAAGAUUUCUGUGAGAAGCUCCUGGAUAUGAUGCUUUUAGAGCCGGUAGACUGGGUAGCGGUUGAGGAGAACAUUCUUGCUGCUACCAAACAACCAACUACUGCUGUGGAUGCUUGUUAUGAAAUAUUGAAUUUUGGCCCUGGAUAUGGCAUGUCGGGAGCCAGAUACACACUCCCAGAUAACGUGAAAGUUAUAAGUGCUUCAAUACUCGAACCACGUUUCCUGCCACAAGACGCUUCAGGGUUGCUGUCAUAUGAUGAUAUUGCUAUUGUGGGCAUGGGUGUGGAUCUUCCAGGGGCUCGUACUACCGAUGCUCUUUGGCAAAACUUGGUUGAGGGUGUCAAUUCUUGCACUGAGAUUCCAUCUUCAAGGUUCCAUGUUGAAGACUUUUAUCAGAAAGAUGGCCGCACUAUGAGAACAAAGUACGGGAACUUUCUAGAUAACCCAUUCAUGUUCGACAGCGAAGUCUUUGGUAUUUCCCCGCGAGAAGCCUAUUCAAUGGAUCCACAACAACGAGUCAUGCUCCAAACUGCCUAUCGAGCACUCGAAGACGCGGGAUAUGUGCCUGAUUCAACCCCGUCAUUUUCCAGAGAGACAUUUGGUUGUUUUAUCGGAAAUGCUACAUUGGACUAUACCGACAAUCUUAGAGACCGUAUUGAUGUCUACUACAGCCCUGGGACGUUACGCGCUUUUCAAAGUGGACGGAUAGCCUACGUCUUCAAAUGGAGUGGACCAUCUAUAACCUUAGAUACGGCUUGUUCCUCAUCUAUGGUAGCCAUGCAUCAAGCUGCACGAGCGCUUCAGGCUGGAGACUGCCGGUCGGCAUUGGUCGGCGGUGUAAAUGUCAUCACUAGUCCUGAUAUGUAUCUUGGUCUCGAUCGAGCACACUUCUUAAGUCCUACUGGCCAGUGCAAGCCAUUUGAUGAUUCAGCAGAUGGCUACUGCCGGUCUGAAGGCUGUGCAGCUUUCGUGGUGAAGAAACUUGGUGAUGCGAUAUCGGAAAACGACCGAAUUCUCGGCGUUAUUAGAGGCAUUGAGAUUAAUCAGAGCGGCAAUGCACAUUCCAUCACGCACCCUCAUGCACCAACCCAGGAAAGCUUAUUUCAAACGUUGCUAAGCAAAACCCAAGUUCAUCCUCAUCAGAUUACUGUGGUAGAAACACAUGGAACGGGCACGCAAGCCGGAGAUCCAAAUGAACUUGUUAGCAUCCGCGGUGCACUUUGCAAUGAUCGAGAUCCAGGGAAUCUUGUCCAUUUUACCUCUAUCAAAGCAAACAUCGGACAUUGCGAGGCCGCUUCUGGCGGCGCAGCUUUAGCCAAAUUACUCCUGAUGAUGAGACAUCGCGAAAUCCCCCCGCAGAUAUCUCUGAAAACACUCAACCGCAAGAUCAAAGACCUUGGCACGGAUGGAUCCGUCAUUGAUCGUGAUGGUGCUGCUUGGCCCCGACCUUUGAGACACCCGCGACUUGCUCUACUUAACAACUUUGGAGCAGCUGGUUCCAACGGUGCUUUGAUUCUGCAAGAAUACACCAGUCUCAAAGCUACUUCUCAAGAUGAAGAGCAGUGCGAGGCUCACAGCUAUGUACUUGGAAUCUCGGCUAGAAGCAACACAAGCCUUCUUGCCUAUAAAGAGGCUUUGAUCUCUUAUCUGGAGUCGCCCUCAGUGCCAAUUUCUCUUCGUGAUAUUGCUUAUACUAGCACAGCUCGCCGCCAGAUCUUUGAUUAUCGUGUCUCUAUCAUCGGUUCCACCAUACAGGAGGUAGUCGAUAACUUGAGAAAUGCAGAGAUUUACAACAUUCGAGAGUCUGCGAAUCAAGAACCACGUGCAGUAUUCGCAUUCUCUGGUCAAGGAUCACAGUACCUAGGAAUGGGCCGUGAGCUUUUGACUGCUUACCCUGAAUUUGAAAAGGUUGUUCUGGACUGCGAGCGAUGGUUACUGAACAAUGAAUAUCCGGGUUGUCUCAAUAUAAUUGCAUGCAAAGACGACGAAGGAGAGCAGUCUCAGUCAUUCUCCCAACGACAACAAUCUUUUCAAACCGCAGUCUUUGUCUUGGAAGUAGGACUAGCGCGCCUUCUAAUGUCUUUUGGCAUCAUGCCAACCAUGGUGCUUGGUCACAGUUUGGGAGAGUAUGCCGCUCUCGUUAUUGCUGGUGUGAUUGAUUUACAAGGUGGUCUUAAAUUGGUAGCACACCGAGCGAAACUUAUGAUGGAGCUUUGUCAACUUGAAACAACGUCAAUGCUUGCGGUUAACCUCAGUGCAGAGACCAUGAGACAUCACAUUGAUAACUCUCCAGAAUUUCACAAUCUGGCUAUAUCUUGUGAUAACAGUCAGUCUGAUUGUGUUGUUGGGGGUCCCAUCAGCCAACUCCAAUCCCUAAAGGCAAAACUCAAUACGAUGAAGACACGGUCGAAACUCCUCGACGUUCCAAUGGCCUAUCAUACAAGUGCAAUGGAUCCUAUAUUGAGUCAAUUAACAGAAGUCGCGAAAACACUCGAAAUCUCAGGUCCGAGAAUCCCUGUCAUGUCGAACGUGUUUGGCCGGCUUGUCCAGCCUGACGAAAGAGCUUUCAGUUUUGAAUAUUUUGCUAUGCAUUGUCGCCAGACCGUUGCUUUCAACGCAGGUGUUCAUGAGCUUUCUCGCAGUGGACUUGGGGCUGAAAUCUCCCGGUGGAUAGAAAUCGGACCUCAUCCUUCUUUGCUGCCAAUGGUUAGCACUAGAUUGGAUAGCAAUACUACAGAUCUUCUACCCUCGUUACGAAAGGGAACUCCAGCAUCUGCCGCUAUUGCUAAACUUCUAUGCCAUUUCUACCAAAACACUACCAUGUUGAAUUGGCGAAAAGCUUUUGAUGAGCGGGCAGUCUUAAGCACAUUUCCGGCCAUGCCGUUCUCAGAGCAAGAAUUUGGCAUCCACUAUCCACAUGAGAGUCCUCAAAGACAAUCGGAUGAAGAUGAUCAAAUUAUUGAUUCUCAAACUUCGCACACUUUCCUGUCCAAGAUUGUUCAGCGUCCAUCUGAGACGAAUGGCGAAGCCAUCUUUGAGACACCGAUUGCGGUUUUCAAGGAUUAUAUUAUCGGUCACCUUGUCUGUGAACAUGCUCUCUGUCCUGCAUCAGUAUACCACGAGAUGGCUCUAGCUGCCUGCAAGUGGACACAGCUAGAUGAUGAUGAACAGGUCAUCAGGACACUCUCAAAUGUGCUAUACAUGGCGCCUUUGCUAUAUUCAGAGGACUCUUCUGCAAUAGUUAGGGUUUCCAUAAAGCCUAGCGGUGGCUACAAGGCAGGCUAUUCAUUUUCUGUGGGCUCAUACAACGCAGGUUCGGAUCCGCAGCAGCAAAUUAUUCACUGCCAAGGGCAGCUGAAGAUGCGGUCUACUGCCCAUGCUCAAAAGUAUGCAAAACUAGUGCCACUCAUGGAACGACAAACGGAACGAUUUCUGCGCAAUGACCAAUCGAGCACACAGGUGUUCCUCCGGAAAGCCAUGUAUGAAAAAGUUUUCACACGAGUCGUCACAUAUUCCGAGUUGUAUCAGAUGGUUCAGUCUAUACGCAUCGAUGGAGACGAAGCACUCGCAAUUUGUCGAUUCCCGAAUUCACAAGGAGAGACAUCAGAGGCGAACACAAUCCUUAUGGACGUCCUUUUGCAUGUUGCUGGUUUUGUUGCCAAUCUAAACAUUGAGAAUGAAGAAGUCUGUAUCUGCAAGGAAGUCAAAUCUGCUACCAUGGCUAGAGAAUUCCCCUUCUCAGAUACGACGUUCAAAGUCUAUUGCAACAAUCUCGAAAUUGCGGCCAGUAGUGUGGUCAUAGCAGAUGCAUAUGCUGUUGACUCACAAGGCGUCAUUGCUGUCUUCAAGGGCAUGGUCUUCCAGCGAGUGAAACUAACGAGAAUGGCCCAAGCUCUCCGAUUGACAGCUGCGAGAUCUAGCCCUUCACAUCAAUCUGUCACUAUUGGAGGAGCCAACCUGGUGGCUCCAAAAUCUUCGGUUCUCGACUCAAAGCCUCAUAGUGUGCUUGUUGACAAACAGCCAGCCAUCAGGGAGAUCAUUGCAAGAACUUGCAAUCUAGAAGUAUCAAACUUAGCUGCUGAUACCGACCUCCACGCCAUCGGUUUUGACUCACUCAUGAUUAUUGAGCUUUCUUCCAACCUGUCUUCUAAGCUUCGCACCUCAAUUGAUAUAUCAGCUCUAGAGGAGUGUAAGACUGUUGAGGACGUUGAGCAGCUGUGCAACGAUGAGGGCCAAUCAGGGCCCACACCUUCCUCGGAGGCAGAGACUGUUGACUCUAUCACUAUGCCAGUAACACCGGCGACGCCUGCAGAUAAGCUACUUGUUGCGUCCAUAAUCGCCGAAACAUGCGGUGCCCAUAUUACUUCAGUCAAGUCAGAUGUAGAGCUCGAGGCUCUUGGCAUUGAUUCACUGAUGAUGAUCGAGCUGGAGGCUCGUCUACAAAGUCCAUCAAGCACAAAGAAACUUUCAUCUUCGGACCUUUCGGAAUGCAGAACAGUGAGAGAUAUCGAGAAAUUAGUAAAAAUAGAUGAUGUAAAACCAGUUCAACUUGAAGUUGAAAUUUCUUCUCGUUUGUCUUCUCAAAUCCGUGGUGAAGAACAAUCUUCAGCCCCAGAAGCCGAAAAUAAAGAAAUAUCCUCGUCCAUGAAAGCGAAGAUUGCUGCUAUGCUCAAGUUACAAGAGCAACCUGAAAUAGUACAUCUUGUCGAGGAGAACGCCACUAAAAGAGCUCCUCUAUUUCUCAUCCAUGACGGCAGCGGUAUCUGUGUUCAAUAUCACCGAAUAAGGCCCUCCAAUCGCACAGUUUACGCGAUCCACGACCCCAAAUUUCUGGAUCCAGAUUCCUGGUCAGGAAUCCCUGCUAUGGCACAAUCUUACGCACGACUUAUCGCAAAGACGACUUCUGGCCCUUAUAUUCUCGGCGGAUGGUCGUUUGGUGGUGUUGUUGCGUUUGAGGCUGCUAGAGUCCUAAUGGCAGAAGGCUACACGGUCGCCGGUGUAGUUCUCAUCGAUUCACCACCACCACUCAAUCACAAGCCACUCUCUGCGAACAUCAUAGAUGCUGUUACAAAAGGUCAAAGAAAUAGAGGUGGUUUGGUGGGUGAAACUAUUCACACUCUUGUCAGGAGAAGCUUCACAGCCUGCGCAGGCCUGCUUGGGGGUUUCAAACCCGAUAUUGUGACCAGCGCCAGUCGACCAAUUCCACGGACUUUCUUGCUCCGAUCAAGGGAUGACUUUCAUCUACAUGCGAGCAAUGGUAGUCGGGUGAUUGAGAACGCCUGGUUGCAAGAUCGUGCCGACCCCAGGACUUCUAUUCAGGGAUGGGAGAUCAUUACAAAGGCGAAGAUGCCUUAUAUGGAUAUCCCAGGAGACCAUUUCCAGGUCUUUGACGUUGCGAAUAUACAAGCUGUCUCGAAAGCUAUCGCUCAUGCAUGCAGCGAAUUAACAAACGCCGACAUAAGCUGA